AUUUCAUUUUGCCUGGCUUGUUGUUCGGCAUGCAACUCUCAUGUUUGUCACCUGAGACGACCGUGAUCGGCGGAUAUUUAUACGUCAGGAGUCGAAGCAGUGCGGUGAUACCAAGGUGAUACGCCGGGGGGGAAGGCUAUGGUCUACAAAGUGACUUGAAUAGCUGUGCGCUCAAGACUACGCAGCGGCGCCCCUAGCAGACCCCGUACUGCACAGUCUGCAUGGCUGUGUUCGACCGACAGGGUCAUUUUCACAGCCACUCGCCAAAAAAGGCAGGUGUAGUGGAAAAGUUAUCCCUGCGGUACGCGACGUGGCUGCCACCCUGGCACCCUGCGACUAGUCACGACAAGUUACUACUGGUCCACAUGCCAACGCAAGCCCUAGCCAAUCCCUAGCUCACACUUUUUACAAUUGACCACAUCCCGCUAGCUAUGGCCACUCACGAACAAGAACAACACGACCCAUCUCGCCCUUAUUCCAUUGACCUUAGCUUAGAGCUCGAACGCCAGCUCAACAAUGAAUCAAACCCGACCUCGCCAGCGGAUGGACGUCCUCGUUCUCUGGAUCCUCACGUCCUUGCUUCAAUAAUCACUCAACUGAGACUGUCGGUCGCAGACCUUACAAGAGAGCGAGAUGAACUCUCUAAAACAGUCGUUGAGGUGCGGGCCCGCGAGACAGAAACUACAGACACACUCGGGGAUAUGACGGAGAAAUGCUCAAAGAUGCAGGAAGAGCUGGAUAAUGCUCAUGCAAAGAUUAAGGAUGACGAAGACACUAUAUCAAUACUUAGAACGAAAGUCGAGGAAAGCAGGCGUGGCCUCAUGCGUCUACAGUCUGAAAAUCGACGAGCGAGUCAGGUGCCUUCCGCUCUUGACUUGUCUAGAGCCGGCAUCCCUUCAUUGAGUGGCCCGCCGUCCUCUAAGCGCGCAUCAUUUACUCCUCUGACUGGAUCAACAACCGGGCGUAGCAAUGCCCAUAGACGAAUAUCCUCGAUCUCCGACAACUUAUCUUUCUUCGACGGCUCUCAUUUGACAUCCCCGAUCCCUACACCAACUCCCACUCUUCCCGAUGUGCAGAGAAGCAGGACCCAACCCCCUGCCCACACGAGAAGGAUGUCUGGCAUGUUUGGUCGUGCGUCACCACCGCAGUCACUUUACCCUUCGGAAGAGUCUGCUGAGCUCGAAAUGCUACGCCGGGAGCUCAAUGCUAUGAAGGCUGAACUUGAUGACGUGAAGCAUGAGCUAAGUGAAACAAAUGAGGCUCGCGAAGCUUCAGACACUUGCAUUAAAGCUCUACGGGAAUUCAUUGAAGAGAACCAGGUUGGUGCUGUGACGAAGAGCCUUCCCCCUUUACCCGAGGAAGGGAGAAAGGCCGCACCAGCCGCCGCAGGGUGGGGAUUCAAGCUCUGGCGAGCAGAUUCCGUGUCCCAGAGCCCUGUACCAGCCGCUUCACCACAUGUUACCCACACUGUAUCCCCAUCCCUAUCAUCCCUGACACCCCCCAUUCCACUCUCCAAGAAAUUGGGUGACUUCUUCGGUGCUCGUGCCGCGGCGGUUAACUCCUCACCGACCCCACCACGCGUUGGACAAGAACCAAUGUACAAUGGCAUGUCGGAUACGUCAUCUAUUGAGGACUCUGUAGCCGAGCCUAUCAGCCCCGCUAGCGAGCGCCCUCGGCCAGCUGUAUACGUACGAGAUACCAUUAGCCUGACAUCGGAGUCAUCACGGGAUCUUGGUGUCAAUCUCGAGGGAAAAUUGCUUCCCUGUGCCGACGAAGAUCUGGCCCCUAUUGUUAUUUGAUUUGUUGGAGGCGUCUUAUAUUGGGCUCUUCGUGAACCCGGAUAUGUGCGAUAUUAGACAUUCGAUUUCGUUUUUCUGACUUCGAACUAAGCUUGGACAGUGGGUUUCCCAUGACAGGCACACCAUGACUCUUCGCAGAUAUAGUAUAUACCAUUGUAAUAAUGUACAUAAGUACGAGACAGGACGGAAUAAAGGAAGAAUAGACUAUCGUUCAAGUCACUCAGCCGAUUACUGUCCUACUUCGAUAAUCCACUU